CACGCUUAAACCUUCCCUUGUUUCAUCCUCCUCCGCCUCGAUCCCUCACUCUCUCUCGCGUCAGUCGUUACUGCUGCAACAAAUCUGUAUUUGAUUUCUCCAUUAACAACGAAUCUAAAUGGCCGCUGCUUUUGCUUCCAGAUUAACCCGAGGAGGACGUUCAUUGCUUGGAGGUCUUAACAAUGGUGGUUCGAUGAAUUCUUCUAAUGGAAUGAUGAAUGAAAGUAUCCUCUCUCAGCAGCAGCAGAGAAGGACAUUUAUUCAGAUGGGGACUGUUCUCAAAGUCGUGGACAAUUCAGGUGCGAAGAAAGUGAUGUGUAUUCAAGCUCUAAAGGGGAAAAAAGGAGCUAGACUUGGAGAUACUAUAGUUGCUUCAGUGAAAGAAGCGAUGCCAAACGGUAAAGUGAAGAAAGGAGCGGUUGUGUAUGGUGUGGUUGUUCGUGCUGCGAUGCAGAGAGGUCGUGUUGAUGGAAGUGAAGUUAGGUUUGAUGAUAACGCGGUUGUUCUUGUUGAUAGUAAAGAUAAGAAUACUAAAACUGAUCGCCAGCCGAUUGGUACUAGAGUGUUUGGUCCUGUUCCUCAUGAGCUUCGCAAGAAGAAACAUCUCAAGAUUCUUGCUUUGGCUCAACACGUUGCGUGAGAUGCAACAAAACCGUAAACCUCGUACUGUCUUUUUUUAUGUAAACUCUAGUUACCCGCAUGUUUUUUUUUUGUGUGUUCUUAACGGAAUUUAGAGGCUUCAAACUUUAAAAAGUCCCCACACUUUUAAAGUCUCUCUCUAUUACUCUCUUCCCUACAUUUCUAUCUCCUUUAUUAUACAAGUGGUAUACAGACUCAGAUGAAGAACCACAAAAGAGGGAGGAGUGAGGCGGCACAUUAAAGUCCCCAAUUUCGAAGACGAUCUCUUCUCGAGAGCCUGUCUCGGAGUAUUACCCAGAGACCAGAGUAUAAUAAAGGCAUGCUUUGGAAUGCGCUGCGAGAACCAAACCACUUUGUGCCAAGAGUUAGGUGUUGAAGAAGGGUUUAGCAUACACUGAUUUGAAGAACAGAACUGAGAGGGUAUAGUUCAGUGAUGGAGUUACGCCAUAAGAAGAAGUCUGGAUCAUAAGGUUAAUCUGAAGUGGGCUGCGUUGCUUCUUGUUUUUUCUGAUAUCGACAUAUAUAAAUUAGUAUAUGUAAAUAUGUAUUUUUAAAACUUUUAAAUCAUACUUUGUAUAAUAAAAUUAUUAUUCAUUAUUAGAAGAA